UGCUGAGUAAGGCCUUCUCCAAGUGGAUGGCUGAGUGGACUCGCGUCCGGGCACCAGGGCUUCCUGGGACGUGUAGUUCGCGACAGGACUAGCGGAAAUCCUGCCAGGUUUUACCAUCUCUCACUCAUUUACUUACUUUGCGAUUACCUCUUUCAGAAAAUGGAAAAAUACUAGAUGUCCAACAGAGGGGCACCAGAUCUGGAGGCACAGAGAAGAUUUUUUUUUAAUUGUCACCAUAUCCUCCGCACGUGCAGAGGGCAGGUAUAAAACACGAUGAAAGGAAGGUGUUGUCAAUGAUAUCUGACGACUGGUCGCCGGGCACAGCCGUCCAGGACGCUGUCCCCGCGCGCUCCAAUGGGACGAGAGACGCCAGCCCCAGGGUAACUGGAGGCGCGUCGCGGGCCGCGCGCUAGAAGCUGUGAUCCGGGUCCGGUGCCGGGCUCCGCCACGGCCGCAGCGACCCGACCCCACCGGCCAGACCAGAGGAAUCGGUUUAGGCUCGAAAUUCAGUUUUUCCUGGGACUGAUCAGAAGUUAGUGACUACCUGGAUUGGAUACUGCUUUUUGUCAGGAGGCCAUUUUGCAGCCCUCAAGUUUUUGUAGAAUGCUGUAAACACUUGUCACAGUUGUUUUUCAAGAAACAGAGUUGCAACUUCUUCCUCCUAACAGAACUUUUAGAGUUGCAUUCAAUGCCUAACAUUGCAGAAGCAGAAAGGGCAAGUGAUUCUGGAAAUGGUGAGCACAGAUCUGAGAGAAAGUCUCCUGAAGAGAAUCUACAAAGUGCUGUACAGUCUUUCUGCACUCGGGCUUCGGGAGCACCCUUGGGUCCCAAAGGAGAUGGUCAUUACCCGUGGAGCUGUCCAGUGACCCAUACUCGGGAGAAAAUUUAUGCCAUUUGUUCAGACUAUGCCUUUCUCAACCAGGCAACCUCAAUCUAUAAAACUCCAAAUCCAACCCAUUCUUCCUGCCUCCCUGAUGGUACCUCUUUAUCUGCUGGAAACAGUUCAUCAGUAUACUCUGGCAUCCCAACCAGUACAUCAGACAUCAUCUACAAUGAAGAAAAUAGCCUGGAAAACUUAUCCAAUAGCCUAGGCAAGCUACCUCUUGCAUGGGAAAUUGAUAAAUCUGAAUUUGAUGGCGUGACCACAAAUAUGAAACACAAAUCAGGCAAUGUAAAGAAACAAAUUUGCAAGAAAAAAACUUCAGAUAAAAAAGGAAGACAUCAAAGGGAGUGGCCUCAGUAUUCUUCUCUUGAAGAUAUUAAACAGCGGAAAGUAUUAGACCUCAGACGAUGGUACUGCAUAAGCCGACCACAAUAUAAGACUUCUUGUGGUAUCUCCUCAUUAAUUUCUUGUUGGAAUUUCUUAUAUAGCACAAUGGGAGCUGGAAGUCUUCCACCUAUUACCCAAGAAGAAGCUUUACAUAUUUUGGGCUUUCAACCCCCGUUUGAAGAUAUUAGGUUUGGCCCUUUCACUGGAAAUACAACACUUAUGAGAUGGUUUAGACAAAUUAAUGACCAUUUCCAUGUAAAAGGAUGCUCAUACGUUCUAUAUAAGCCUCAUGGGAAGAAUAAAACAGCUGGAGAAACUGCUUCAGGGGCGUUGUCAAAGUUAACUCAUGGAUUGAAAGAUGAAUCGCUGGCUUAUAUCUAUCAUUGCCAAAAUCAUUAUUUUUGUCCAAUUGGCUUUGAAGCAACCCCUGUUAAAGCUAAUAAAGCCUUCAGCAGGGGGCCCCUCUCACCACAAGAAGUAGAAUACUGGAUCUUAAUUGGAGAAUCAAGUAGAAAACAUCCUGCUAUUCAUUGUAAAAAAUGGGCAGAUAUCGUUACUGAUCUAAACACUCAAAAUCCAGAAUAUCUAGAUAUCCGGCACUUAGAGAGGGGGCUGCAGUAUCGAAAAACAAAGAAGGUUGGGGGAAAUUUGCAUUGCAUUAUAGCAUUCCAGAGACUUAACUGGCAAAGGUUUGGCCUUUGGAACUUUCCAUUUGGAACCAUUAGACAAGAAUCACAACCUCCAACACGUGGCCAGGGAAUUGCCAAAUCUGAGAGUGAAGACAAUAUCUCCAAGAAGCAGCAUGGGCAUCUGGGCCGGUCUUUCAGUGCUAGUUUCCAUCAGGAUUCGGCAUGGAAAAAGAUGUCCAGUAUCCAUGAGAGAAGGAACAGUGGCUACCAGCGUUACAGUGAUUAUCAUGGGAAUGAUUGACUAUGCUGGGUACUGAAAAACUCGUGUUACACACACAACCAGUCUAUACAGGACUGCAUCAAGACAGUAGAAGAUUUUAUUAAGUCUACAUUAAAUAGGAACAGAUCUUGUGGUACGAAACAUAACCUUGUAGUUCUCCAGUAAAUAAGCUUGUAUAUGAUUAUGAUGGGUGAUUUCAGAUAUACAAGCAGAUAAGCACAGAUUAUUGUCCUUUUAAAUUUAAAAGUAUAUAAACAUUCUGAACAAUUUCACAAAAUCCAAUAAAAUUACAUAUAAACAAAUCAAACACAAAUUCACUUAAUAGCCUAGUUCCAGUUCAAUCAGGAUUUGAAAUACUUAAGCAUGAAAUGAUUUCUUAUGACUUGAUCCCCAGACAUUUGUUGCUGCUAGUUUUAUUCCUAAGCUCAAAAUGUAAGGCACCUUCUGCCUUUUUUUUUUUUAAUUGGGGCUGUUGAUUUCUAGUUUUUUCUCAUGGUUAAAGCUCAUUUCAAAUUAUUUAGUGAGUCUAGUAAUUCUUUUACUUGUAACAGUAUCUUGCCUGCCUCAUUUCUUUCCUGGUUAACUUUCUCAGGAUUCUCAAUAAAGAGGCAAAAGAGAAAAGAUACAAGAAACUGAUCUUUUCUAUUGGUGCAAAUGGGUGACUUAGUGCAUUGAUUCAGGAUAUUCUUGAUUUUCUUGACUUGGUGUGUUACUAUCCAAUAUUGACAAGAACUUUAGGUCUUGAAAGACUUCUGUAAGUCUACAAUAAACCUUGUUUUAGGGAUAGAUUAAAAGAAGAAGUGGCAUCCAAAGUUUCUAUACCCAAGGUAAUCUGUGAAUGAGAUCUUCGCUAUUUGAUUGGCCCCUCAGUGUGGGUCAUCUGUUGAUAACAGCAGUAAAGAUGCAUUAGAAUGCCACGUCACUCAGAGGGCAACUAUCCAUAUUCCAAACUCUGAGCUGUUUCCUUUUUAAAACCAUAUAGACAAUUAGCUGUUUGAAGUGAGUGUUGAAUAGUUCAGAAACUGUGGAUUUCAUAUAUUUGAGCUUCUGUCUUGUUGCUGUCAAAUUUUCUUCUGCUGUCAACCUGACUCACGAAGGACUAGGAUCUCUUGUUCUUUCAUUUCAGGGGCUGUUCCAGGACUCAAAUCAGUAACUUGAUUAUUACAAGGUGCUGAAUAUGUUGGUAACCAUACUGCAAUACACCUCAAGGAGAGGGUUCAGAUUUUUAUUUUUAAAAUAUAUUCAUUUUCUUCUCUUUUGAAUUUUAUAUCCAUUUAUCCACUCAGACAUGCCUAGCCUCCAGAAGGGGAUAUAUAUUAUGAAAUGGUCAUUUUUCUGAAGAGAAUAUUUUGCUUGAAACGCAAAGGACUGAAAGAGAUUUGUAGGUUGUUGAUUUUGUUACUUCACACUGGAACUUGUAAUAAGUUUUCAUCAAAUAAAGUUUUGUUUUCUACUUUUAA